CAAAUGAUGAGGUGAGCAGCAUCCCACCAAGAGAGUAUCGAGUCAAUCAUCGUAUCCGAGUGCCGGAAGUACGGCUUGUGGACGACCGCGGCGAACAGUUAGGCGUCAUGCAGACGCGCGCUGCAAUUGAGAUUGCCGACGAUCGGGGUCUGGACCUGGUAGAGGUCGCGCCCACAGCAAGGCCCCCUGUAUGCCGCAUAAUGGAUUACGGAAAGUUUAAGUACGACAACACCCGUAAGGAACGUGAAGCUCGUAAGGCUCGCAAAUCCAAGGCAAUGCAAGAGCAGCGGGAAGUACGUAUGAAGACUCGCAUAGGGCAGCACGACCUCCAGGCGAAAACCCGACUGGUCAAGCGGCUUCUUGGCACCGGAGCAAAGGUCAAAGUGUCUGUGAUGUUCCGCGGGAGAGAAAUCGCACAUCCGGAUUUGGGUAUGCAGCUGCUCCGCACAGUCGCCAACGACUUGGUUGACGAAGCCCUCCUGGAACGACCACCAGCGUUCGAGGGACGCUUCCUGGCGAUGACACUCGUGCCCAACCCCAGUCUGGAAAAAGACACAGAAUCAACACAGGAGAAGGAAGUUGCCCAAACUUAA